CUGUGAUGGAGCCUGGUAUUAAGAGUGCUGUAGCAGCUGAGAGGAAUCUGCUAGCGGGUCGAACAAGAUCCAGUGAUGAUAGAAGGAAAACCUCUGAACAGUGAAGAGAACUUGAAGCUGGACUGACCUGAGUUAUAACCUGUGUAGGGGACCCCCAAAUCCAUACCAUGGAUGUUCCAUUGGGUGAAGGCACUGCCACAGAUAUGUACCCCAGCUCCCAGGUAGUAAUGGGAAGGAAUGGCCUGCCGGGGGCAGAGAGGUAACAAGGAGAACUUCUCCCCAUCUGCCUCCUCCUCCUGCUGUCAGGAUGCUGUACGCGCGGGCUCUGCUGGGAGGUGUAGUCCUGCAGCAGCCAUCCCCCCGAUAGGCCCUGAUGAAGAAUUCCAGCCAGCCAGGACUACGCCUCCCACAAUGCCAUGCGGCAGGCUUCUCCCUCGGCACAAUGAUUGGCCUGUGGUCCUGAGGAAUGAUGUCAUUACAAGAAAGCAGAGAAAGACAGAGAGAACUCCCGAGCAUUCAUUGUGCAUGGAGCGGAGGACCGGGCUGCAUUGUCAUCACAACAUUGUCCCUCAGGACCCUCCUCGUCCCCCCAUGACCUGCUGAUCCCCUGUCCUUCUCAUCGUGUAUGCAUCCCCCUCAAGCCUCCCUGCGGGGGUGCUAUAGGCAAACUGAACACCUGCCAGAAUCCAAUGUGAUUACUUUCAAUUGUUGGUGGUUCGUGAAACAAGACACCCCGUGAUCAGGUUCAGAAGUGAUGUCUGGAAGGCAGCUGUGUAAAUGAGUAUGGAAGAUUAUGACUUUCUAUUCAAGAUCGUACUCAUAGGAAACGCCGGCGUAGGGAAGACCUGUCUGGUGCGGCGGUUUACUCAGGGUCUCUUCCCCCCAGGCCAGGGGGCCACCAUCGGAGUAGAUUUUAUGAUUAAAACCGUGGAAAUAAAGGGUGAAAAAAUAAAGCUCCAGAUAUGGGACACCGCCGGGCAAGAGAGAUUUCGUUCCAUCACCCAAAGUUAUUACCGCAGUGCCAAUGCGUUGAUCUUAACCUAUGAUAUAACCUGCGAGGAAUCUUUCCGUUGCCUUCCAGAAUGGCUGCGGGAAAUCGAACAAUACGCUAACAAUGAAGUCAUCACUGUGCUUGUGGGGAACAAGAUCGACCUGGCAGAGAGAAGGGAAGUCUCCCAACAAAGAGCUGAAGAAUUUGCCGGAACCCAAAACAUGUAUUACCUAGAAACUUCUGCCAAAGAGUCGGACAACGUGGAGAAACUUUUCCUGGACUUAGCGUGCCGCCUCAUCAGCGAGGCCCGGCAAAACGCCUUGGUGAACAAUGUAGACUCCUCUUUACCGGGAGAAGGGAAAACCAUCAGUUACUUGAACUGUUGUAAUUUCAACUAGUGGACCGGAAAAAGCAAAAAAAACAAACAAAAACAAACAUUCACUAUGGGCUGAAGGCCUUUUUGCCAGAUGGUUUCCCUCUGGUUGAUGUUGCUACAUUUCUGGCCAUGGCGAGCAGAGGACCAAUACGGAGGUCACCAAAGUUUGGUGGUGGGGGCGGCCAAGAGUAGGACACAAAGUUGUGAGUCCUGUCGACAAGUCUUGGGUACAACUUGGAGCAUAAAACCCCAUAUAUAACGUGCUGCAUACUACGAUGGGUUUAUGUUCAACCUUUUUUGUUUUCCUUUAUAGUAGAUAAAAAACAGCAUCUUCAAGGGAGCAGAAGACAACCGCCCUAGUAGGUCUAUGAGGCUAUAACUGAACAGAGAACUUUUUGUAACUUUAUUAUACUUAUUUGGAAUGCUAGCUCUAAUGUUAAUGCAACUUUUUGAGACAGAGGUCGAUCAAUUGUCCCAACCGGGAACUCGGAUUCCUUACAUUUUAUUAAUUUCCAAUGGACAGUGAUGGCAGGAAGGGCAAUCUUCAUUGACUAUCUCCACAAAAGAAUGAACGUUGACCCUUAUUUUGCAUUUUAUAACCCUUUAAGAUCUCCAGCGUUGAAUCUUAGCUGCCAGUAUCGAUCUAUAUUUUGCCAAAAUAUCCUUUUGUGAACGGUUUUCAGUAGAGAAUCCACUGCGUGUACAAAAAUAUCAUCUUACAGAACAAAUACGGGAUUGGACGGGGGUGGGUGGGAUAUUAGCAUUUAAUGGUUUUACAGGGUAGGGCCUACCUAGUCAUGUCUGUAGAAUUUUGCAAGCGGAAUAUGCACUGUAACCUAUAGCAUUGGGUCUUUUUUACUAUUUCACAAUGGCAUCCCCCUUUCGAAAAAAUGAAUAAACACAUGUCUGGGCUUCGCUUUCCACCACCUUUAUAGAGGAAAUAUUUAUCUGCAUGGUUUGGUGAUAUUACAAAUAUAAACUUUAGCAGUACGGGAAACUAUAAAUAUUUUCUCCAUAGGCUACCAUAUAGCCUUACAGGCCAACAAAUAGCCUAUAUGCUUAAGUAUAUAGCUUUAAUUAUAUAGGUUCAUAGGUUAUCAUGGUCAUGUCGUACUAGGCCUCAGGCUUCAUAACCUGCCAUACACCACAAUGACUUUUAGACCCAUGUGACCCCCCACCCAUCGCUUAGACGUAACAUACCAUGUGACAUUGACUCAUUUGUCCUCUAGGCUCCAGUUUUCGUAAGCUCAUUAGCCACCAAAGAUUCUUUUCAUUCAUUUAUAUUGAAAAAACUUAUUCGGGGGCGUUGUACAGAAAUCUCUCAUCUUGGUCCCUAUCUUCAUUGAAAGAUCUAAAUUUUAUAUUAGUAUGCUUUUGGAGUAUGGCACAAAAUUGGAGUACCUGGAGGAAACUCAUGGGAACAGAGGGAGAACAUACAAACUCUAUGUAGAAGUUGCCCUUGUUCUCAUUCGAACCCAGCAGCAAAGUGCUACAAAGCGACCUUGGUAACCACAGAGCCACUAUGUUUAGGGUCUAGAGCCUCAUAAUGAUAUGACAUUCAUAUGAUUUUAGGCCUAUGGGACACCAAAAAUUCAUCUAGGUUAUGGUCUAAACAUAAGUCUUUAGAAGUCUUCUAAGACUCCACCACUGAUUCAUAUGUCUUUUAGGCCUCAAAUGCCAUAGGCCACCAUAGAUAUAUAGUAUGUGUCUCCAGAAGUCUUGCAGAACUUAAAAGGGUACUCUGCCUCUAGACAUCUUAUCCCCUAUUCAAAGGAUAGGGGAGAAGAUGUCUGAUUGCGGGGAUCCUGCCGAUGGGGACCCCCGCGAUCUCCCUGCUGCACCCAGCAUUUGUUUUGAGUAGUGGUUCUAAACCUGGGGUGCAAGUACCCCCAGGUGUACUUAGCAGUUCUCCAGGGGGUACUUGAAAAAAAAAUCAGUAAUGGCAGCCACUGGUUACUGGUCUGGGCCACUUUGAAAGAAAUGGUAGGCUGACGUCACUGCACUGAGGCGCGGAGCAGGAGGACAGAGAAGGGGAAGUGCGGGCAUCGGGCUGCUGUGGGCAGGAACUACCAUCAGCUUUGUUGCUCCACUGCCCCUGCAGACCGGGGACCUACUGCUAUGAACCAUAGCAUUAGGUCCCCUGACCAGAGGAGCAGUGGAGCACAAAAGUGGGACAGUAUGGCGGCCUACAACUAUAUAUGGGGACAGUAUGAUGGCCUACAACUAUAUAUGGGGGCAGUUUGGGGACCUACAGCUAUAUUUGGGGGCACAGAGGGGGCCUUAAAACUUUAUGGUGACGCAAAGUGGGUACUGUUACUGUGUGUGACAAUAUACAUGGGGAGUUUGUAAAUAGGUGGGUAUUGUACUGCAGAAAGAAGCCUAAAAUAUUUGUUUGGCUGGUUCUGUGGAGAAGUCUUAAUGGCGGUCUAGGCCAGAUAGUGAAGAAAACAACUCCGGUUAGAGAAGACGUCACCUGUAAAUCAGGGGACUGGGGAGAUAGGGAGAGGAACAGGGGGCUGGUUAUAGUGGAAAGUAAAGCAUAGGAAUUAUACUAUAAUCUUUACAAAAUGUCUCUAAUAUAGGGGUACAGUUUUUUGGGACUGGGCUGUCAAGGGGUACUCAGGCAAAAAAGUUUGAGAACCACUGAUUUAGAGCAUCGGGUUCAGCGUAGGAGGCUCGUGAUAUUACGGCCAUGCCCCCUCAAUGCAAGUCUAAGGGAGGGGGCGUGACGCCCCCUCCCAUAGACUUGCAUUGAGGGGGCAUGGCCGUGAUGUCACGAGCCUCCGCCCCGCAUCGCCAGUCAUCCGGCACGGAGAGAAUUUUGCUCCGUGCACCGGAUGUCCAGGGCAACCGAGAUCGCGGGGAACCCCAGUGAUGCGACCCCCACAAUGAGACAUCAAAUGAUACGGUCUAGGGGAGGAGUACCCAUUUAACCUUCAAAGGCCCAAAAACCAUCACUGAUUCACGUCUUCUAGGCUCAGUCAUCUUAAACCACCACUGAGUCAUGCGUAUUCAUAUGUUGUUAGCUUAUGUGACAUCGUAGACCGUAUUUGAAGGUUCAUAAGCCACCAUUGAGCCAUAUAUCUUCCUAAAUCUUCUAGGCCUUGUUAUUAUAAUCUACUACUAAUUUUUAUGUCUUUAUAUGUUUUAGAUAGGCCUUUGUGUUGCCACAUAUCAUAUGUCUUCUAGGCUUCAAUCUUCAUUGGCCGCCAUUGAUUCAUACGUCUCCUAUGUCUUCUAGGCCCCAAUCUUCAUUGGCUGCCAUUGAUUCAUACGUCUCCUAUGUCUUCUAGGCUUCAAUCUUCAUUGGCCGCCAUUGAUUCAUAAGUCUCCUAUGUCUUCUAGGCUUCAAUCUUCAUUGGCCGCCAUUGAUUCAUACGUCUCCUAUGUCUUCUAGGCCCCAAUCUUCAUUGGCUGCCAUUGAUUCAUAUGUCUCCUAUGUCUUCUAGGCUUCAAUCUUCAUUGGCCGCCAUUGAUUCAUAAGUCUCCUAUGUCUUCUAGGCUUCAAUCUUCAUUGGCCGCCAUUGAUUUAUACGUCUCCUAUAUCUUCUAGGCUUCAAUCUUCAUUGGCCGCCAUUGAUUCAUACGUCUCCUAUAUCUUCUAGGCCGCCAUUGAUUCAUACGUCUCCUAUAUCUUCUAGGCCCCAAUCUUCAUUGGCCACCAUUGAUUCAUACGUCUCCUAUAUCUUCUAGGCCCCAAUCAUCCUAAGUCUUCAUUGGCUUAUAAGGCACGUGACACCAUAAAUUCUUAUGUCUUGUAGGCAUCAGGUAUUCAUUUUCGAAUAUGAUAUCACAGAUUCACGUCUUCAUGUUUGACGUUUCUCAGUGUAUCCCAUUGGCUCAACAGCUUUGUAUGACCACGAUUCAGCGAUAAACUUCUGGGCUUUGUAUGUAGAAGCCAUUUGGUUGCUGUGGAUCCAUUAUUACCCCAUAACUUAAUGUCUAACAUGUGUGAGCUGCAUAUUUCAUGGCACUAACCAAAGCGAUACCGAGACGAUACCAAGGACUCUGUAGGCCUUUUGAUUCCACCACUCAAAAAAUGUUUAUCUCCAUCUUAAAGGGGUACUCCAGUGGAAAUUUUUUUUUUUAAAUCAGCUGGUGCCAGAAAGUUAAAGGGGUUA